AUGGGCCGCAUCACCGACAGGCUCUUUGUGGUGUUUACGACAUCUCUCAUUGGAUUCAUCGCGUACUCUUCCCAGAUCUUCGUCAUUUGGCCAUGGUACGGACGGGUGCUGUCCAUUGAGCUCAUACAACUACUGCUUCCAUUUAAUGUUUUGGUGGGCCUGCUGCUGUGGAACUAUCGUUUGUGUGUCAUUACGGAGCCUGGUCAUGUACCAUCGACAUGGAGACCGGACUUUCAGGAUGAAGAUGGCUACGAAGUCAAGAAGCUCACCCGAGGGCCACGGUACUGCCGUUCCUGCGAGAACUACAAGCCACCCCGAGCGCAUCACUGCAGACAGUGCAAACGCUCAUACUCCUUCACAGACCACCAUUGUCCGUGGGUCAACAACUGCGUCGGUUACUUCAACUACGGCCACUUCAUUCGCUUCCUCUUUUUCGUCGAUCUGGCUUGCUCAUAUCAUGCCGUAAUGCUCACCAAACGAGUUCUUUCUGCAUCGAACGCCUUCUGGGAUGAACCAAGUGGAACGGAAAUUAUCUUUAUUGUUCUCAACUAUGCUACAUGUAUCCCAGUACUGCUUGCUGUCGGCAUCUUCAGUCUUUACCAGUUCUACUCUCUGAUCAGCAAUACUACCACCAUUGAGGGAUGGGAGAAGGACAAGGUUGCGACCCUCGUCCGUCGCGGGAGAAUACACGAGAUCAAAUACCCAUACCACCUUGGGAUGCGCAAGAAUAUCGAGUCAAUGCUUGGCAAGAACCCUUGGUUGUGGUGCCUGAGGUACCCGCUUGCCGAUGGUGAUGGUACUGUUGGUGUAGAAUGGCCCCCCAAAGACCCAGAGGCGUACGAGUACCCGGACGAAGAUCCCCACCACCAAUUCGAACUUCCCGACUCUCCCUGGACGUACGAGAAUAACUCUGUCAACCCCCUUUUGCAGCCGACCCAGACACGCCGCCGGAAGAACGCUCGUAACGGCGAGCACUCCGCCGUUCCCCCGUAUCAUCCGGACUACUACCACCAGGACACCCCCGCACCGUACGCCGCGGACUCCGACGGAGAAGAUGACGAGGACGAGAGGACGCCUAUUCCGUGGGCGCGCUCCGGCCGAUAUGAAGUCAAACCGAUCGACCGGGAGGCAAUGUUGCGACACUACGUCGAAGACCGCACGACAGAACCCGGCCGGUACAAUGUUUAUGUGCCAGAUCCGCCGAGCGAGCCCGAUACCGAGGUGGAAGACGAGGUCCCGCUGACAGUAAAGGUCGAGCAAUGGCGCGCUCAGGACCUUGCCAGUGUCAGCGCGUAA